GGUCACCACAUGAAUAAAGAACACGGAGCGGAGCACGGACAGCCCCCCCUGCUGGCGAGAGGCUGAAUGUGAAAUGCAAAAAAUUCAAAGAACUACAGAAGUUCUGUAGUUCUGUCUGUGUGUGUGUGUGUCAGUAUGGUUACACACACACAGUAUUCUGUGGUUGUUGAAGGUUCUCAUACAGACGUACGAGGUCAGCAGAAAUAAAUACAAACACGCUGAGUCAUACAUUUCAUGGUCACCUGUUCUCACCUGUGUCCACACGUGACCUGAAACACGCUAACGUCAUGGCAAGACCACAGGAAGUGUGUGAGCCCACAUCCUGACAUCUAUACAUACACAGCUGUGUGUGUGUGUGUGUGUAGUCAGUAACACACACACACACUCGUAGCCUGUAAUUUCUCCACAAACCUAAAAUAAACAUUUUUCUGUCGCAUUUUUUUGUCCUAAAAUAUUCUUUUUUAAAACUGUGUGUGUGUGUGGGGGGGGUGUGUCCGGUGUGUGGAGGGCGUGGUAUGUUUGGGUGGGGGCGUGGCCUGUGCUGUGUUAGGUGAGUCACACACACACACACACACACACACAGAGGUGAUGUUGAGUCUCUCUGGUUCUGACUUAUCGACUCAUCGCCUCACACUCUUCUUCACUGACUCCUCCCACCAGGUGAGAACCAAUCAGAGCAGCUGUUCAUUAAUGACCUCAUCUCGUUAAUGUGUGAUGUCAUGAUGUUAGACAGGCUGACUGAUUACAUAGACAGUCAUUGUGCUAAGCUCUGCUCCAUAAUUAACUCUAAUUAACGCCUCCUUAUUCAUCAAUAUGUUAAUGAACUACAUUAACGACUUUUCUCCUUAAAGCCAUUUAUUUGAUUUUGUGCCUUUAUUCUGAAAUAAUCUGAUUUAUUUUUAUACUUUAAAAUAUAACAGCUGGAAAUCCUGGAAGGCCCUGGAAGGCCUGGAAACAUGUUGCUGUGUGUGUUUGUGCUCAGCUGUUUGCUCUGCUCCACGUCUUCAGCUCCGCUCAGUUCAGACGAUGAAUCUUGGCCGACUUCUUCCUCUGGUGAAGAUCUGCAGCUGUCAGCAGUGUUUCCUGUGGUGGGAGUGGCCUCCCCUGAAGCCCCGCCCCUUGUCCCUGAAGCCCCGCCCCGGCUGGUCGUGCAGGUGGAGGACACCAAAACAAACAUCACAGUGAGCUUCGCCAUCUUCAUCAUCGCUGAGGAGGAGGAGGAGGAGGAGGAGGAGGGGGGGAGCGCCGCGGGAGCACGAGCAAGAUCAGACGAUGACAGCAGAAGCAGCGAGAUCGAUGACAUCACUGAUGAUGUCACCAGUGAAGAAACAAAGUCACAGGACAUCCAGCCAAUGAGGGAGGAGCACGCUGAUCACAUGAUCAUCACUGAGUCCUCAGAGGAAGUGAUGAGAGAUCAGCCAAUGAGGAAUGACCACACGACGAUUUCUGAUGACCUCGAUGACUUUAACAACAGCACAGGCAGCGAGGCGUCACCACUUUCUGAUGACUCGGAUGGACCGGCGCCGCCUCCGCCCGCUGACCUCCACAGACACCGCCAGGCGGACAAACCGGAUCCAGAUCCAGGAUUGCAGGAGGGGAUGAGCUCAAGCUCAGAGGAAACCGGCUCGGUCAGCCAGGACGGGGGCGGUUCUGGACUUCAGGCUGUGACUGGCUCCAUCCAGGAGGUUCUGGGUCUGCUGACAGGAAGCCAGGCUGUGGAAGGAGGCCAUCAGGAGGUUCUCGGAUCAGCUCCCGAUCCCCUGCCAGGCUUUAGUUUGAGCUCUGAGGAGAGCAUGGAGUCCAGCGUCCAUCACACUGGUUCUACAGAACCCUCACAGCGGGUCAUCGGUCCAACGACAAGCUUCACCCCCGCCUCCGCGUCCCACAGCGCCGAGCAGGGUCAGGAGGGUGGAGGUCUCUCAGAAGUCAUGAGGAGUCCAGAGGUCAGCUCCAGCAGUGAGGAGGCAACGCUGACCUUCACCUCCUCACUGACCCAGUCUGAAGAAUCCGGAUCAGCUGGGUCUGAACCGGACCAUCCGGGACUUCAUCCAGAUCACAUCCCAACAUCAGCGAGCUCCGAGGUCGGACCGGAGGAGUCGGUCCGUCCAGACGAUGCUAUCAGAGAAGCUAACGGUGCUAGCUCUGAAGCUAGCGUGCAGGUUACACCUGACGGAGGCCUGAAGGAGGCCGAGGAGGAGGAGGAGGAGGAGGAGGAGGAGGCCGAGGAGGAGGAGGUGACUCAUGGCUCCAACAGGAAGCAGAAUGGCUCCAACAGGAAGCAGAGGGUUAGCGUAGCUGUGGUGGCUAAUCCAGCUCAGAGCAGCAGCGAGGAAACAGAGUAG